CAUCCAGUUCUAACUUAGAACUGAAACACUUCCGGGAGGAAGUGCGACGAAUCCGACAUUUAGACCCAGAGAUUGAGCUGAUAAACACUUCAGACCAUGCCAAGCCAAACCCAAGAGAGCUAGAAUACAGAUCGGGCCGUGUUCAACCUCCUCUCCGAAGUAAAUGUUAUCCGUUUUACUUUUGGGGCCUAGGCUACUACAUGAAGGUGCACGGUUUUCGGCUGUGCAUACAGUGAAGCAGUGAAUCGUCAUCAUCACGUGCUGCUUCGGUAACAGCAUUCCGGGCAAUAUCAUGGCAGAAGUGGAGGAAAGUGGCAUCAGAACUGUGACUACAGCAACGGAGAACCAGUUAAACUUGCUGCGAAAGUACCACCAGAAGGCCCAUGGGGCAAUUGCCAGUGCUCUGACACAAGAUGAAGCUGGCAAUGUGGACCAGGCUGUCCAGCUCUACAGCGAAGGACUCAGGUAUCUCGCUAAGGGUCUCGAGAUCUCCUUUGGAGGUGGAACCAAUCCCAGGGACAGGGAGCUGGAGUCUGCCCACAGGAUGCAGAGCCAGAUGCGGAGAACCACCCAGCAGAUGAAAUCCCGACUAGAAGAGUUGGAGCGUGAGGUAGAGCAGAGGGUGCCCUCAACAGAGCAUCACAGUGCCUUCAGCCCAGGGACGAUGCAGGAACUAGAAGAAAAUCUGCGACUGGAGGAGGAGCUGCUGGAGCUGGAGCAGCCGCCAUCUUACGAUCAGACGCAGGCGGAUGCAGCAGAAGUCUUUGUUGUACCAGACGGCGUCCAGAUAUUCUUCAUCAGCCCGGAGGGGCAUGUAAGUGCACCGAGUCAACCGGAGGCACUGCGCAUCUACAAAUUCAAGGACAGCAGACUCGUCGGUGGGGCCAAUCAGCCGCCAGCUUUCUUGCAGGUUGGAGACUGGCUGUACCCCUUAAUUCCUGGGGAAUCCCCAGCUCUGAGGAGUAGGCAGGGUGCAUUCCUUUUCCCGGAUGUGGCGUCCAGGGUACCUGGGGCCAGUGUUGGUGUGAUGUUUGAUCCAAACAUUGACAGAUCAAAGACACAAGAAUUUGAGCAAACAAUCCAGCAACUGACGGUGUUGAGAGAGCAGCGGGUAGCCCCAGCCCGACCCCCACCCCCUCGGCAUCGACCAGCUGAGGGGCAGGAACAGACAAAGGAGGAGGAAGGGGAGAAAGUGAGCACCAAGAUAGCCAAGGGCAUCGCUGUAGGUGCCGAGUGGAUCACCUGGGGGUUAGGCAAGGGAGCCGAGGCCACAAGCUACCUGAUAGGUGUCGGCAAGGACAAACUGAAACAGAACCUCAAGACGAACGAAGCGCCUGCCUCGAUUGACGGGAAGUAUCAAAAGGGGGCUGAGUAUGCUCAGAAAGCCUCGGUGAUUGCUGUAAAGGUGAGUGGGGCCAUGGUGGACAGUCUCUGCUACUUGACCAAGAGGUUAGCCCAGGAGGUGAGCCCCUACAUCAAAGAGCAGAGUGACAAACUCUUGAAGAGCAAAGACCAACAGGAUGGAAAGAAGAGCAGUACAGUGGAUGGUGUGAUGGAGGUCGCAGCCAGUGGUCUUCAAGGUUUUGGUAUUGUUUACAAUGGGCUGGAGACAGCUGCUAAGUCACUUGCCAAGAGCAUGUCCAAUGCCACUGUGGAAGUUGUUCAGCACAAGUAUGGGGAUGAUGCUGCCCGUUUCACUGACACCUCAUUAGAUGCUGCCACAAAUAUCGGUUUCACCGUGAAUAAUAUGAAUAACAUUGGCGUCAAAGCAGUUGCCAAACGAGCUGCAAAGGACACUGGGAAGGCUGUACUGGAAGAUUACCGGAAAGAGUCACAAGACAAGGGUAAAGAUAAACCUUACCGACCAGGGAGUAAGAAAAAAUAAGAAAAAGUGAUUUCGGGGAUCAAUGGUUGAAGGUCGUGAUGUUAGCUACAGUGUCCUUGGAUGGCUGGCAAAAGGUAGUGUUGACACUGCCUGUGGAGACUUAACUGUAAUAUAGUUGGCAUGAAUUCGAAAUUAUUCAAACAGGUACAAAAUUUUUGCUGGUGUCGUUUGUGUAACAUGAGGUAUAUCAUUUUAUUAUCAUCAAAGAAUUCUUCAGUGCACUUUCUUCCUGAAAUACUUCCAAGUCAUAUCAGAUACUUCACUGUUGAGAAACGUUGAAAUAAGCAUUGCAUGUAAGGAAUAUGUUAAUUUAUGCUGUCGGCCGACAAUAAAAGGUAUUAGAUAAAACAAUGUAGGCCAUUACAAUGGUAAAGAAUUAUUUUGCGAAGUUUUAUAAGCAUUACUUCAUAAAGAGGCUAAUAAAGGUAACUAGUAUGUUA